AUGUUGCAGGAUGCUGGUCAGAAGAAGUUUGGCGCUACCGUCUGUGAUGUUUGUGGAAUGGUGUAUACGCAUGCUGACCCUAUAGAUGAAACAACUCAUGCUAAGUUUCAUGCCAAUUUACUAAAUACCCUCAAAUUCCCUGGUUGGAAGAAAGAACGUAUUGUUGAAGAGUUUAUAGAAGAUGGCAGUAAAAUAGUAAUGGUUUUAAAUGAUGACCCUAAAUACGCUACUAGAAAGAUUAGUGAGAUUAAUAAGAUAAUGGGACAGGAACUGGGAUUUCCUGAUAUUAAUUUAUCUUUUACCUCAAAUUAUAAGGGUUUUCUGUAUAUAUCAGAAGAUAAGAAUAUAGAAGGAUGCUGUAUUGCGGAGAGUAUACAAGAGGGAUACCGUGUAAUAGCUGACCCUACCAGUAAAUCUCCCAGUAAAAAUAGUGAAACUCAACAGAGACCAUGGUACUGUGAUACAGAGCCAGAGAGAGCUAGUAUUGGUAUCAGUAAAAUCUGGGUUUAUAAACAAUCGCGACAGAAAGGAAUCGCCUCUCGAUUGCUUGACACUAUCAGGACGUGUUUCCAUUAUGGUGGUGUUGUAGAAAGAAAUGAAUUAGCAUUCUCCGACCCUACCCCCGAUGGGAAGAAAUUCGCUACUAAAUAUACAGGGGCACCAUCCUUUCUGGUUUAUAGAUAUAUUCGAUGA